AUGGCAGCCAUGCAAGUCUUACAGUUACGACUUCAACAGAGACGGACCCAGGAGCAACUGGCUAACCAAGGUAUCAUACCACCACUGAAAAGCCCAACUGAAUUCCAUGAGCAAAGAAAAAAGUUGGAUAGUGACAAGACUGAAGAUUCUCUGAAGCACAAGGGUAGAAACAGAUCCGACUGUGCCCACUUGCUUAAUAUGCACAUACUCCAAGCCUCCGCUGCAGAAAGAUCCAUCCCAACAACUGCUCAGAUGAAGCUGAAACGAGCCCGCCUCACAGACGAUCUCAAUGAGAAGAUUGCUCUCAGACCAGGGCCUCUGGAACUGGUGGAAAAGAACAUCCUCCCUGUGGAUUCCACUGUGAAGCAAGCCAUCAAAGGGAAGCAGGUGAGCUUCUCCAAGGCCACAGAUGCAUUUGCAUUUGAAGAAGACAGCAGCAGUGAUGGGCUUUCUCCAGUUCACACUCGAAAUGAAGACCCCCAGAGUGCUGCAGGAUCCCCCCAGGAUGCAAAAACCACAGAAGCCCCUUUGGCAGGCCCUGUGGGGACAAUCGAGGAUCAUGCAUCAGGCUCAGAAAAUGAUAAGAAUGAUUCCACCUCCCAGCCCAGUAACCAGUCUGACUCAGGGAAGCACGGGCUCAACGCUUCCAUUCCUGUGCAUGCUGCCGUAAAGUCCAAGACCUUGGGGGACAAUAAGAACCGCCACAAAAAGCCCAAAGACCCCAAGCCAAAGGUGAAGAAACUCAAAUACCACCAGUACAUUCCUCCAGACCAGAAGGCAGAGAAGUCUCCGCCACCCAUGGACUCAGCCUAUGCCAGGCUGCUCCAGCAGCAGCAGCUCUUUCUACAGCUGCAGAUCCUCAGCCAGCAGCAGCAGCAGCAGCAGCAGCAGCAACAGCAGCAACAGCACAGGUUUAGCUACCCUGGGAUACACCAAGCACAGCUCAAAGAACCAAAUGAACAGAUGGCUAGAACUCCAACCUCCUCUUCAACACCACUGAGCAAUACCCCUCUGUCUCCUGUCAAAAACAGUUUUUCUGGACAAACUGGUGUCUCUUCUCUCAAACCAGGCCCUCUCCCACCUAACUUGGAUGAUCUCAAGGUUUCUGAAUUAAGACAACAGCUUCGAAUCCGAGGCUUGCCCGUGUCAGGCACCAAGACGGCUCUGAUGGACCGGCUCCGACCCUUCCAAGACUGCUCUGGAAACCCUAUGCCCAACUUUGGGGACAUAACCACGGUCACUUUUCCUGUUACGCCCAAUGCCCUGCCCAAUUACCAGUCUCCCCCUUCCACCAGUGCCUUAUCCAAUGGUUUCUACCACUUCGGCAGCACCAGCUCCAGCCCACCCAUCUCCCCGGCCUCAUCCGACCUGUCGGUGGCCGGAUCCCUGCCAGACACCUUCCAUGAUGCGUCUCCAUCCUUCGGCCUGCACCCGUCCCCGGUGCACGUGUGCACGGAGGAAAGUCUCCUGAGCAGCUUGAACGGGGGCUCGGCUCCCUCCGAGCUGGAUGGGCUGGACUCAGAGAAGGACAAGAUGCUGGUGGAGAAGCAGAAGGUGAUCAACGAACUCACCUGGAAGCUGCAGCAGGAGCAGAGGCAGGUGGAGGAGCUGCGGAUGCAGCUCCAGAAGCAGAAGGGCCACCACUGCGCAGAUGACAAGGCGUUGCCUUUCUUGGCGGUCCCCAUCAAGCAGGAGGACGCCGUCUCCAGCUGCCCCUUUGCAGUCCAGCAAAUACCCAAGGGGCAGGGCAGCGGCGCUGAGGGCCAAGCGCAGGCUGUUGGGGACGCUGCUCCGCUCCUGCCCCUGGGGAAGGCGCACGGUGGAGAGUCCUCAAGCCAAAGCAACGUACUGUCCUCCACAUUUCUCAGCCCACAGUGCUCUCCUCAGCAUUCACCCCUGGGGGCCGUGAAGAGCCCACAGCAUAUCAGCUUGCCCCCGUCACCCAACAACCAGUACUUCCUACCUGGGGCGCAGGGGGAAGGACACAGGGUCUCUUCCCCUGUGUGCAGCAGCCAGGUGUGCCCCGCACAGAAUUCAGGGGCACAUGACAGCAGUCAUGGUGCUGGGAACAACCCUUGUCCUAAAAGCCCAGGUGUACAGCCAAAGAUGGCUGGCUUACAUUCUGCUGAUAAGACAGGGCCGAAGUUCUCAAUUCCAUCCCCAACUUUUUCUAAGUCGAGUUCAGCAGUUCCAGACAUAACCCAACCUCCAUCCUAUGAAGAUGCAGUAAAGCAGCAAAUGACUCGGAGCCAGCAGAUGGAUGAACUUCUGGAUGUCCUUAUUGAAAGUGGAGAAAUGCCAGCUGAUGCCAGAGAGGAUCAUUUAUGCCUUCAAAAAGUUCCAAAGAUAGCCCAGUCCUCCCGCAGCCCCACUGCCGUCCUCCCUAAGCCUUCGGCCUCCUUCUCACAGUCUUCCUCUGGUGGGGGCCAGGUCUCCUUUGACCACUACACCGACAGUGAGGAGCACCUGGAGGUCUUGCUAAACUCCCACAGCCCUGUAGGAAAGGUGAGCGAUGUCGCUCUGCUCAAAAUUGGGAACGAGGAGCCUGCUUUUGAAGGGAUCAUGGAUGGCUUCUCUGGGAAGUCUGCAGAAGAGUUGUUCAACGCCCAUGAGAUCCUGCCGGGUCCCCUCUCCCCGAUGCACACCCAGUUUUCACCCUCGUCUAUGGACAGCAAUGGUCUGCAGCUGAGCUUCACAGAAGCUCCGUGGGAGACCAUGGAGUGGCUGGACCUCACCCCACCCGGAUCCACCCCAGGCUUCAGCUCCCUGGCCACCAGCGGCCCCAGCAUCUUCAACAUCGACUUCCUGGAUGUUACAGAUCUUAAUUUGAAUUCCCCCAUGGAUCUUCACUUACAGCAAUGGUAG